AAGCAUGUGUUGACAGAUACGUGGUAUAGGAGAAAGGUGUGGUUUUCCGGUGGAUGUGAGGAUGGGGCAGGGGAAAAGCCAGUUCACAGAAGAAGAAUUGCAAGAUUAUCAGCUCCGUACAUCCGUAACUGACAUGGAGUGGUGUGCAAUCACUAAAAUGUGGUCAAUCUGGUUGACUACUGCAUUGGCUGCAGACUUCCAAGUACCCAGAUGGAUCCUUUUGUGUGGAAAGCAGGAUCUGACAUACUUCACAAAGAAGGAGGUUUUGUAUGCUCAUCAGAAAUUUAAAUCUCUUGCUCCAGAGAAAGUUGGCCAUAAUAAGAAUGCAAAGUUACCAAUGAGUAAAAUUUUGCAGUAUCCAGAGUUGAGAGUUAAUCCAUUUGGUGAUAGAAUUUGUCGAAUAUUUAGUUCAAGUCAUGAUGGUGAUUGUACUUUUGAGGAUUUUCUUGAUAUGAUGUCUGUAUUUAGCGAUGAAGCUCCAAAGGCUGUAAAGGCAGAGCAUGCCUUUCGCAUAUUUGAUUUUGAUGGUGAUGAUAUGUUGGGAGUAUCCGAUCUGAGAAAGGUUGUGGAACGUUUGACAGGGCCACAACGGCUAAGUGAACAGGAUAUGCAGCACCUUAUACAAAAUAUCCUAGAAGAAGCUGAUUUGGAUGAUGAUGGUGCAUUGUCAUUUGCAGAAUUUGAGCAUAUCAUAUCAAAAUCGUCUGAUUUUGCCAAUGCUUUCAGAAUUCGCCUGUGAACAAACCCUGCAGAUUGGUGUGUGGUGUUCUACGUAUUGCUCAACAGUUGUUGCCAAAGUUCAGUCAGUUGAUACUGACUGUAAAACUCUGGGUGCUAGCAGGAAUCUCACCGUGGCUAGUCAUAGUCCAAUAUUUAAACAAAACAAAAAAAAAACUUCUGAGACACAAUUUGUUUUUAUGAACAUUGCAUAAAUAAUUAUGGUGCCAAGCCUUUUCAUGCACAAGAUUUUUUCAGUGUGAUACAUAAAUAUUGGUAAUCUCAAGACACAAAUGAUCUGACAUCUGGGGUUCAUACACAGCCCCAGUUCUUUCAAAGCACAAAUUAUUUAUAAAACAUCUGGAGCAAGAAAGUCUCCAUUAUCACAAAAUUCGUUAGAGGGAAGACUCUUUUAACUGUUAUUGAUCAGUGAGACUUCUUUUUUAUAGAAAGAAAAUAUAUGCAAGAGAAUACAAUUUAUAGCAUGUCAGUCUUCACCAUGAGUAUUGAAGUGGCAUGUUGAUGAAAGUAAACUCUGAUUUUCUCAUUACAAGUCAAAACAUUAGAGUAUGUAAUGGUAGUUUGUAAUGAAAGUUUAAAAAAAAAAAGUUACUUUCUAUUUUGGGAGUAAAUGGCACUAAAUUGACUGCAGAACUCCUGUAUUUAUGAUUGAAGGGUAUUUAAAGCACACAACUUUAUUCUUGUAACUACUGUGCUAACAUCUGAAAUUUCAGAUUGCAUAACCAAUAUAUGCAUUUGUUGUAGCCUGGAACAGUAUUUUAAAGGUACAAAUAUUUACUACUAAAUACUCAGGAGUAUUCCUAAUCACUGUUUCUCACUGCAGUUAUUUUACAAUAAUAGUCUUAUUCCUGACAAUUAUGCAUUUAUCUUUGUAGAAGGUUUACUCUAGUCUUGAUCUUUUUUGUGUAAAUGUUGAACAUUGAAAUAUAAAAAUUAAGUAGAAAUUAUAAUGCAUCAGUGUUCUGACAAAUAUGAUUUUUAUGCUGUGAUAAAAAUAAUUUGUGAUUGACAUUUCAGUGUGUUGGUUAGCCACAUGCUUGUUGUGUUGCCCAUGCUAAACAUUGUCAGGUGCAGUUGGCUGCAUCUCAACAACACAGCCCCUUCUUCCCCAUCUCCAAACUCCAAUCACAUAGUUAUUUUAUUUGAACAACAGUGUGUGAAAUCCUACCCUUUGAGAGUAACUACACAGCAACAAAGUUAAGUGCACAGUUUCAAACAUAUGUUGCUGUAUUUGAAAAUUUUCAUGGAGAUGCAAGAUACUUACAUUCGGUGUAAUAAUUAAACAUUCAGUGUAUGAUAUAAUUAAUGAUCAAUUAGAAGUUGAAAAAUGGCAUUACAACAAACAGUGAAAAGGUGGCAUCUAAUAUAUUGGAAACUUUGUAACGUGCAGGUGUUAGAAGUAGAAGGAUGGUUCCAUAUAUCACAUUCAAUACAUCUGUUAGCAGUGGAGUUGAAAAGGAUUCAGUUCCAAACAGUUAUUAUCAGUUCAGAAUGUGGCUUUGGAAGAGAAUAAUGUCUUGAGUUCUUGCAUUUGGCAUAGGGGUGCUUUCUCCUUCCUUAUCCAUAUACUGAACAAGUUACAUGUAUAGGAAUGAUGGUACUUGCCACGAAAUCUGGAUGUGGCUCAGAGGAUCCAAAGGGAUGGGGUUCAGUCUAAAUCAGUUCGAGGAUUUGGACCUGUCACUUAUCAUUUUUUUCACAUCUAGCAAUGUUUGUUAGUGUGAAAACUGGUGAGUUGCACUGCAGAUCCCCCUGUAACCAGCUGGGUCAGUCAGUUCAAAGGCAGAGGAGGCCAAGUGAACACCACAUCCCACAGGACCUUGCUUAGUAAAGCACUGUGGUCUUCAAACCAACCUUUGGGUUGAUUAAAGCUACCUUUACCUUUAUGGAAUUUGAUGUACAGGGUGG